AUGGAUGAACUGAAACGCCGACUUCUUCAUCGUGGAAGUACCCUGUCUUCAUUCCGCUAUGGUACGUCGGUAACCCGUCGCCUUCCAAGCAAGAUUUCGCAUUCUCCAUUCAAAGUCGGUGCUAGGAUUCUUUUCAUCCUGUUCACAACAAUAGCUUCCAUCUCUGCUGGAAAUGAUGAAUUUAGUGGAAACUUAAUUGCUGAAGCCAUUGAUAAAAUCGGUCAUGAUGGAAUAAUUUUUAUUGAAUCUUCUUCAUCAAGUGAAACUUCUGUGAUUGUUGAAGAAGGAAUGAAGGGUUGCUAUUGUGAAAUGUCCUGGUUUUGGGAACAAAAGAAAGCUUUACUUCAAGAUAUUUCCCUCAUGACAGGAGCUGAUUUUUUAUCUGGAGAUUUGGGUUUAUCUCUAGAAUAUGCAACCUCUGAUCAACUUGGAAUUACACAAAAAGUAAGGGCCCACACUGAGAUGGAAUUAGAAGAUCGAAAGCUAAGAAUUGAGGAUGCAAAAAAUGCCACGUAUGUAGCCAUGGAUGAGGGUAUUGUGUCUGGUGGUGGGGCCACUUAUAUUCAUAUUCUUGAGGAAAUUCCCUCCAUUAAAAAGUUAACGGAAGAUCCAGAUGAAGAAAGUGGUGUCAACAUCAUAGCAUCUAUGAUUGAGUCAAGAUUUAAUGAGCUUCUUGCUCAUGCUAAAAUACUUCUGAGGAAGAAAUGGUUAUUUGGAGUACUGGAUGACUUUGUCACCAAACAACUACCCCACAAUGUUACCUCGGGAUUGCGCUUGUUAUAUGCUAUAGAGCACAAAGCUGAUCGUUCAUUGAUUUCCACUCAAGGUGAGCUUGCACAUGCAUUGCGGUUUUUGGCAUCAGUUGUAUCUCAAAGCUUCUUGGCCUUUGGUGACAUCUUGGAGCUGCAUAGAAAGUUCAUUGAACUAUCUGGUGGUGUUAAUUGGAUUUUUGAACUUGAGGAACUUCUUGAUGCUGCACAAUCUGAUGAAAAUGCUGGUGCUUCAUCAAAUUCCAAUGAGGAAUCUGAGGAUGUUAUCUCUCUUUUGGAGGUUGAUAUUAUCACGCCAACACAUAAUUUAUUAGCCAGAAAGCUGACUUGCGAGAUAGUACCAGGGAAAAGCCUUCUUCUUACAGGGUUGAUGAAAGCGAAUAGCUCUGGAGUUAGAAGAGGAAAAGAAAGCUCAAGCUGA